AUGGUGUCGGCUUCUGCCGCCUUGCCUUCUCGUGAUUGUCGUCUCUGGUCGGGCCUCGUUCGCGAGAGCGACUCUGCCGGCGGCGGGCUUCCCCCGGGGCCCUUCCUGGUUCGAACCCCGCACAAAAAUGUCAACACAGGGCAGACCCUGCCGUUGCUGACCCUCUUGUCUCACUGGGGGGCCCCGGAAACCAUGGACAAGUAA